CUCGCGCCCUUCUUCGGUGCUACAAAGUCUUGAAGGGACAAAAUGUGGCAAGUGCUUGUUCGAAUCAGUGUGAUUUCCCUCUUCGUGGCCGUUUGCCUGGCGGACGAAUUUUGGUGGAAGCAUGCAAAUUUCUAUCAAAUUUACCCAAGAUCGUUCAAAGAUAGUGAUGGUGAUGGAGUGGGAGAUUUGCGCGGUGUGAUGGAAAAAGUGCCCUAUUUGCGCCACGAGCUCGGCGUUGAUGCGAUUUGGCUGUCUCCCAUUUUCAAAUCGCCAAUGGCCGACUUUGGCUACGAUAUUAGUGACUUCCGCGAUAUUCAUCACGAAUUUGGGACGAUAGAAGAUCUGGAAAACCUGGCGGCAGCGUGCAAGCAGGAAGGUUUGAAGCUCAUCCUGGACUUUGUUCCGAAUCACAGCAGUGACGAGUGUGACUGGUUCACGAAAUCGGUGACCAAGGAUCCUACCUACAGUGAUUACUACGUGUGGCAUCCUGGCAAGCAGUUGGCCAACGGUACACGUGUGCCUCCGUCGAAUUGGAUCAGUGUUUUCCGUGGUUCUGCUUGGGAAUGGAACGAUGUACGCCAAGAGUACUAUUUGCACCAGUUUCUGGUGAAACAACCCGAUCUCAACUACCGCCAUCCAGCGCUGGUCGAAGAGAUGAAGGAUGUGCUCAAAUUUUGGCUCGACAAAGGUGUUCACGGCUUCAGGGUGGAUGCUGUGCCUUAUCUGUUCGAAUCCGAGCCUGUCGGCGGUGUCUAUCCCGACGAGGAGCGUAGUAUGGCCACCGAUGAUCCAGAAAAUCCCAACUAUUUAAUUCAUACGCAUACACAAAAUCUCGAUCCCACCUUUGAUAUGAUGUACCAGUGGCGAAAGGUCGUCGACGAAUAUAAAGCAGAACACAAGACGGAAGAUAUCGUUUUGAUGGCCGAGGCAUACACACCGCUGGCGAACAUCAUCCGCCUUUUCGGCGAUGCUAAUUCCGAGGGGGCCCAUGUGCCAUUCAAUUUCGAGGUUCUGAGCAAUACUUUUAAGGACACGACUGGAAAACAGUUCCAUGAUGUUAUAAAGCGUUGGUUAGACAUUGUUCCCGCUAACCGCGUUUCUAAUUGGGUGCUGGGCAACCACGAUAACAAGCGGGUAUCAUCUCGGCUGGGAGUGGCUCGGGCGGAUUUGUACCAGAUAGCGCUGAACGUGCUGCCCGGUAUCGCCGUUACUUACAACGGCGACGAGCUGGCGAUGGAAGAUGUGUACAUCUCGUGGAAGGAUACGAUCGAUCCUGCGGCAUGUAAUUCCAACCCAAAGGACUACAUGUUGUACUCCCGCGAUCCCGUGCGCACCCCUUUCCAGUGGGAUGAUUCGAUCAGCGCUGGAUUUUCCACCAACCGCAGCACGUGGUUACCGGUUGCGUCCAACUACAAGACGCUCAACUACAAGGCCCAGAUGGCGGCCCCACGGUCCCAUGUGAAAAUAUUUAAAUCCCUUGUGCGCCUUCGCAAGCAGCGAACAUUGCGCGAGGGAACGAUGGAUAUGCAGUUGAUUGGCGAUAACAUUAUCGUCAUUAAGCGCCACCUUGACGACGUGAGCACGGUGAUAGCCAUUCUGAAUUUCAACAAGACCGCGCAAACCAUCAAGCUGUCCUCGGUCUACCAAGGAUUGCCUGCGUUGUUCGAAGUGAUUACUUCUUCGCUGCAAACGGACUACAUUGAUGGGUCUAUCGUGGCAAGGGAUGAAGUCGUACUACCCGCUGACGCUGCCAUCGUUUUGGAAGGAAACACAGCCAACGGCACAUAGGAAGUAGAUUGAAUAAAUAUCGAAUAAAAAUCGAAUAUCGUCCCGAAAGUAAUUCGGCGUUAACAAA